AGGAGUGGUUGUACCGCCACACUUCUCCCCCCUGUUUUCUCCCUCUCCCCACCUGUGUUGGUUCAGCUGCUGCCUGUGCAGUUUUGCAGACAGUCACUGAGCAUCAAGUGAUUUCAGCACAACCUUCUGAGAAAAUGAAGGAAAACACAGAAAAUUCUGCUUUGCAGAAGCAAGGAUCAAAUCUUAAGACAAAAGGUUUCAAUCUUAAUGAAGCUCUCCUGGUUCCUAAGCAAAUCAUCAAUAAGACUCUAUGUGCGAAUGCCCCAAAUGCAGAGCCCAUGGGUAUGAAGGACUGGCUGUGUGCCUUUUGUUGUCUUAAACUGGGCUGUAUUGAUUAUCCUAAGAACGAGAAGCAACCUCUGGUAAAUAAUAACAACCAUAUCCAGAACUACACUGCGAACAAUGAUGAUGAGCGAAACCUGUGGAGCUCGCCUCAUGACUUGUCUCACACCGAGGCCGUUGAUGAUAGGAUGCUGCAUUCCUGGAUUCAGACCAGACGUCAACUGGAAAAAGACUCGGAGGAAUGGCAAAAACUCAACUAUGAAAUUUACACACUUAGGCAAGCAAGAAGAGAGGUGAGAACAAGGUGGAGACGGAUCCUGGAAGACAUGGGUUUCCAAAAAGAGGCUGAAUCCCUCUUGUCUGUUACAAAGCAAAGUACCAUCAGUAGCCCUAAAAACAUGAAGAAGGCAAUGGAGCUUCUUCUGCGACUUGCAGAUGAUACCACAAUCUUUCCAGCCGGAUGGGAUCUGCCUGAAAGAUACCUUUAUAUAAUGGACCGACUGAUAUGUCUUGAUGCAGUGGAGGAUUUUUUUAACAUCGCUUACAACAGAUAUCCUAAUUCACAUGUGGAAACCGGACCUAAAAUGAUAAAGUGAUGCGUCUUUGGCACGGUCUUCUAGUACAGAUCAUAUGGGGCCUUUCUAUCACCGGGCUGAGGGAUCCUUCUCCUUUAUGUUUUGGAUGCAAGUGCGACCUGAAGCAGAGUAAACUUUCAGUCUGCAUCUUGCAAAUGGGUCGCUCUGUAGUAAGGAUGUGUAUAUCUUCAACCCUGGAUCUUAUGAGUAUUCAGCAGAUGUGACGUCACAGCUAUUAACUAACUGGAACUUCUCGCUGCUCCCACUGCCGCUGUACUGACAGACUUGUCACUGGUCUCUACGAAGCUUCCAUAGACUUGAUGCUUGUUAUUCUUAAGAACUUGCUGUUUUCUGAAAAUAAGUAUUUAAAAUAAUUGGUGUCUAUCAAAUCUGCAAGGCCGGCAAACCUUGAUCAGAUGUAAAAGUGACACUUUAUCUUCUGUUUGUACUUCCAUCCUGGCAUCAGAACAAUACACGGGUACAAGUUGCUUGACUAUGAAUUGCAACUAUAAAACAAUAAUAAUAUUACCCCCUCCCGUCCACUUGUCUCUAGAUUAUAUUAGAGACACUAUUCUAGGCCCUGUUUUAUCCCAGCUUCGUUUUGUAUAGGCUGCUUAAAGGGCAGCCAUUUUUUUGAGAUGUUCCAGAGUUAAAAGGCAUGCAGCUACUCAGUGAACCAAGAAACCCUAAUGUUGGCCAUGUGGGUACAGUUGUUGCAUUUCUGGAAGACACCAUUGACAUUAGGUAAAGCCAAACCUGAUGUACAUGGCUCAUGCAAGAAAAUGUUUUUCAGUCAUAUUACAACCAAACACCAGGCUUGGAAUGAUUUACAGCAGGCCAGCCGUUUUUAGCUAUUUAUUGUAUAAAUCCAAUAGGAAUCAGAUUUUUAUUAAUAAUUAUUUGGUCUGGUAAAGGUAAAGCUGCAAAAAUCAGUGACUACGCCAUAGGUGCACAUCAGCACUUCAGACUCAGUAAAGUCUUGAGGUGUAGUCCUAUGCUGCAAACCAAAACUGCUGCGCAAGGCCUGAAAGAGAAAUGUUUUAUUCAUUAUUGUUCUUACAUAUUUCCCCUAAUUCCCCCUACAGAUUCUCAUGACUAUAUGUAUUCUGUAAUAUUGAAAAGAGUUUACUCAGUGUGCAUUGCAGGUAAAUUUUAUAUUAUUUCUUCUUAUAAAGAUAUGUAUUAAUGGAAAAGUCAAAUAAUUAAUGUGUGACUAUUGCCAUGCUGAUGUUUCUUUGUUUUUCUGGGUCAGCAAACAAGUUGCCAAAUCUGUAAUAAAAAGCUUGUGUUUUC